AUGUCAACGGCAUUUGCAGCAGUAUCGACGUCGUACCUCGCACAAAUGUCGUCGCUUUCUGUUGCCGCUAGUCAAGCGGCAUCUUCCCGCACGGGCCACUCGAACGCUGGCGCUAUUGCAGGCGGCGUUGUCGGGGGAGUCGUUGGAAUUGCCGUUAUUGCCUCAAUUACGCUUCUUGUCCGACGCAAGAUGAGUAUUUCAAAGCAGAAGUAUAACAGUGACAGCCCCAUGAGUGAGAACCGCAUAAUGCCGCCGACAAGUCCUGUGUCGAACAUACGCUAUGACCCAAAUGACCCACGCACUUUCCCUGGAGCGGUGGAUGACCGAGGUUCAUCUCGUGUGGUAGGAGGAUAUACGGGGGCCCCAGAGCUAUAG